AUGAAUGAUCGGCCGAGUCGGUUCGUCCUGGAAGCGGACACCCGGAGUGGCGUGCCAAUGGCUAUCUACUGGACAUCCAGUCAGGUGGCGGACUGGGUCGUGGAGCAAGGCUAUCCACAAUACAGGGAUUGUUUCAUAACGAACCAUAUCAGCGGGCGCCACCUACUCUACAUGGACGCUAGCAGCCUUCCAAACAUUGGCGUCACAAACUUUCUUCAUAUCCGGGACUUGGCGGGGAAGAUCCGGGGCCUCAUCGGUGUGGACCACAUCAUUAAGAACAUGAGCAUCUCCAUGUCCGACCCAAUGAUCGCCUAUAUAAACAUGAAGCGGCGAAGCGGACGUGUCACCCAGAACACGCCCUACCGCGACUUCUUCAGCCGCUACCGACGAUGGUUCAAGUAGUCGCCCGCCAGCCUUCCACUCCCGAUUAGGGCGUAUCUACGUCAGUUUUCUUCCAUGUUGUGAUAAUAUGACAAUUAUUACUUUGAAGGUUACACUA